CCUUGAGGUAUAAUUUUAGAAUAUUUUAUUUUUCAGUCGUAUGUCUCAAGAGUGGAAUAGAGUAGUCUAUUGGCAAAAUGAGCUCCUUGUUGGUAACAUUUGGGGAUGGAUUUAUCUCAUCUGUUAGACCAAUUAAUUAUGGAGGAUAAGAACGGAUUUGAUCUCUGAUAAAAACGCUCAGAAUCGAUAACAAACUAGAAACCCACUGGCAUCACUUUUACUAUAGUUGUUUGUCCCCUGUUCUAUAAGCGAUGGGGUUUCAGAAUCUCAAAGUCUGUGCAGCUUCUGUAAUAAGCUUCACUUGGCUAUGCCUAAUUACUUGCGCGAGCACAGAGCCUUUACAGAUGGUGCACAAUUUGGAUACCCUCAUUACAAAUGUUGAACAACUGUAUCGCACUGCAUAUCAUUUUCAGCCUCAGAAAAACUGGAUGAAUGAUCCAAAUGGACCCAUGUUUUACAAAGGUUAUUACCAUUUGUUCUACCAAUACAAUCCGGAGGGACCUUUUUGGGGUAACAUUGUGUGGGGACAUUCUGUGUCAGAGGAUCUGGUGAAGUGGAGGUCUUUGGAUGUAGCAUUGGUGCCUAGUGAAUGGUAUGAUAUAGGAGGCUGUUGGUCUGGAUCAACUACUUUUCUUGAAGGUGGGAAACCUGUUAUUCUUUACACAGGAAUUACCAAUGCCUCAGAACAAGUACAGAACAUGGUAGUGCCUAAAAAUUUGUCAGAUCCUUUCUUAAGAGAAUGGGUUAAAAUCCCUGAAAACCCUAUUAUAGUUCCAAAUAGGGGCAUGGAUGCGAAAAAUUUCAGGGACCCAACAACUGGAUGGUUUGACUCUGUGGAUAUGAAGUGGAGAAUUGUUGUUGGUGCAUUGGAGGGAAGAAGCAGGGGAAUGGCACUUUUGUACAAGAGCACUGAUUUUAUCAAGUGGGAGAAGGUCAAACAUCCUCUGCAUUCCUCUGAAUCUUCAGGAGUGUGGGAAUGCCCUGAUUUUUAUCCAGUUCUUGUUUCAGGAAAGCAGGGUUUGGAUACUAGUUUUGUUGGGUCUUCUGUGAAGCAUGUUAUGAAAGUUAGCUUGCUAGAAACAGGAUAUGAUUAUUAUACUGUGGGGAGCUAUUUGGUGGAUGAAAAUAUAUUUGUUCCAGAUAAGGGGAGCCAGGAUGAUGAAUUGGAAUUAAGGUAUGACUAUGGAAAGUUCUAUGCAUCUAAGAGUUUCUAUGAUGCGAGUAAGAACAGACGGGUUCUGUGGGGAUGGAUCACUGAAUCUGAUAGUCAGUCAGAGGACAUUAUGAAAGGGUGGGCUGGUUUGCAGGGGAUUCCAAGGACCAUCUGGCUGGAUGAUAGCACAGGAAUGAACCUGAUGCAGUGGCCUGUUGCAGAAGUGGAAUCUCUUCGUGGAAAGAAGACAGUUAAGAAUAAUACUAUUCUCAAAAGUGGGGAGGUUGUAGAAAUCUAUGGGGUAACAGGUGCACAGAUGGAUGUGGAGGUUUCAUUCGAUCUUCGGAAAAUGGAAAUUGAAGAGGUUGAAGAGAUGGACGCAAAUGCCACUGCUCAAGAGUUGUGUAGCAAUACUGGAGUAUCUUACAAAGGUGUUGUUGGGCCAUUUGGGCUGCUUGUAUUGGCUUCCAACGAUCUCACUCAAUACACUGCUGUGUUUUAUCACAUUAUUUCACAUCAGAACAAGUUGAAGCUACUAAUGUGCAGCGACCAGAGGAGAUCGUCAAGCUUGAAAGAUUUGGAUAAAACAACUUAUGGAUCCUUUGUUCCUCUAAAUGACCCAAAGAAGAUUGUUUCAUUGCGAGUGUUGGUUGAUCAUUCAAUUGUGGAGAGCUUCGCAGAAGGGGGAAAGAGUUGCAUAACAUCUAGAGUUUAUCCAACGUUAACAGAUUUGCAUUUGUAUCUCUUCAACAAUGGCUCUUCUACAAUUCUUUGCAACCAGUUAAAUGCAUGGGAUAUGAAAACUACUGACAAUGUUUAUAAUUUUGAAAUAUGAAAAGUUUGAGCAGAUUUUUAAAAUCUGUUACUUUUUUUCAUAUUUUUAGAUAAAAAAAAUUUGCACACAAUCAAUCCAGACGCAUCAAAAGAAUCUUUAAAAUUUGUUACCUUUCCUCAUAUUCCUAGACAGGGUUGACAUAUUGUGGAUCAACAACAUUUACCUAUGAUCUUUUCUAACAUGUUGGAAGAGUUAUUUGUGGAGGAUAGAAAUGUGUAAUUUAUUGUUUUUUGAGGGGCCGGUUUCCUUCUUGCUUUGUAUUUCUCUGUGUUUAAUAAAUUUUUAAGCCGAGAGGCUUCUACAAUGACAGCAAAUUUAUGCGUUAACAUUUGGGGGUUUUCAAUAAUUUUGACGGUCGUUUGGUUUUCAAUUAUUUAAGGUUUAAAAUAAUAAUUAACUAAUAUACAAAGUAAAAUAAUAAUUAACUAAUAUAGAAAGUAAAAUAAUUAAUAGAUUAAUAAUUGUGCAGAUGCAAUGUGAGAUAGAGGUAUGUAAUAUUGUUUUAUAGAUUUCAUAUUGUUGUCAUAUUGUAGGUUUGUUGAGUCUAUUUUAUUUGCAGAAUCAUCAACAUAUUAAUAUUCAACUUUUGGAAAGAUAUCUGCAUUGAUUCUUUGUAUAGUUGUGUGACGGGUGAAAAUAUGGAGACAUUUACAACCGACAAUCAAAGGAGAAUAUUGGAGUACCUUUUCGCGAGUGGAACGAGAAAUCCAUGUUUGGAGGAAAUAGAGCGCAUUACUGCAGAUCUGCAGGGCCAUGGUCAUGGUCUACUGGUUUCAGAAUGCCACUGCCAGAGAAAAAUGGAUGAAAAAAUCAUCCUCAAGAUUGCCUUCAGUAUUGAAGGCACCAAAUUGGACUUCUCUUUUCCGUUCGAAGAGGUCAUCUGAGAAAAGCUAUGCACAGGAAGAAGAAGAUCACAGGUAUUCAUCGGUAGAUCCAUCUGACGUGCGAACUUUGGAAUUAUUUCCUCUGCAUCCCGGUCUGUGACGGUGUUGGCAAGAAUGGUUUUGCUUUUGCUUUUGCUUUUGUGUUAGGGUAGAAUCCGAAUAAUGAUGUAACAAUCGCAUGCUCCAUAUUGCUGCAGUGUUACGAAAUAUUUUAUAUAUGAAAUUUCAAUGAUUUAUAUUUUCA